CCUCCAUUCUCACGAUGAACCUCGUCGGUUAAACGCAGGCGCUUACAUUCGGAUUCCCCCUCAAUUCCCCUCACUGAUCCCCGCAGCCACGUACGAUCGCGCGUGAUUGCAGAGUCGGUCGUGUGGCUCAGAUCAGCCCCAGUAACCAGUAUUCUAGGCGCGUCAGGCAGAUAACCAACCUUCCCGAUAAUUCUCAUCAUCAAUUGGAAAUCAUGGACUAUUGACAGUCGCUGCUGCAUUCUUUGUCGCUCUCGCUCGUUCCAUCUUUUGGGAGUGCAGCAUCUUGGUAUACUGUCUAUACUGGGGCCCAGAUUCGACGGAUUACCAUGGCCAGGAUCAAGCAGGGGGUUUUCUCGUGGGAGGAUGUACUGGCGCAACGGUAUCAGAACAACAAGCCAACUGCCCUCCCUCGGACCCGGCGAUCCAGCAGCGCCCAACAAGGUCAACGUGCGUCGCUGCCGCUGCCGCAGCAUCAGCAAAAGCCCGACACCCGGGGCGAAUGGGCCUUCCAGCGGGACAGCGCCCUCCUCGCGAAACUAUCACCGGAGCUGCGCAUGGCGAUCUGGGAGCUGGUGCAGGGCGGGAUGCGCAUCCAUAUCGUGCAGCGCGCGAAUCGACGAAUGGGACAUGUCGUGUGUCCCAGCCGGGACGGGGUGUUGGCCUGUGAGAUCUGCCAGGGAGGGCUUCCCAGCGCGACCAAAGCUGCGAGUCGGAGGACGACGACGACAACGAUAGCAACAACAACAACAACAACGACGACGACGACGACGGGGCUUCUGGCGUUGGCGUUGACGUGUAAGCAGAUCUACACCGAAUCCAUCUACAUCCUCUACACGCUCAACACCUUCGAAUUCAGCAACACCUGGUCCCUGACCUACCUGCGGCCCACGAUCCCCCCGGACUUCUGGGACGCGAUCCGCGCCGUCGAGCUCCGCUGGGCGUUCCCGGGCCACUGGCUGCCCAGCAAGGACCCCGUCAAGACGGUCUACUUCGCCGCCGGGCGGCAGCAGUGGCUCGAGACGUGCCAGGCCGUCACGCGCAUGCGCAGCCUCCAGACCUUCACGCUGCAGCUGCCCUGCAGCUGGUUCGGCGAGCCCGUCGAGAAGCUGCCCCUGUUCCUGGAGCCGCUGCGCGGGCUGCACCUGCCCCGCCGGCGGUGGACGCUGCAGCUGCCGCGGCAGCCGUACUAUGUGCAGGAGGUGGGGAAUAUCGAUGGGGAGUUGCGGGAGAGGGGGAUCGAAUGUUGUGUCUGGGCGGUGGGGGAAGGGAGGUGA